CAGCUGUUCUCAUAAUUUUCUACGAUCAUUCCUUUCUCGGCAUCAACGAAAAAGAAGGCUCAAAUCCCGUUUUGAGCUCAAUCUUUCCAGUUUUUGUUCCAAUAAUCUUGGAACUAAUACCAGCUGAGCUUCUGAAUCUAAAACCAACAAUGGUGAGAGGGAAGGUCGAAAUGAAACGAAUAGAAAACGCGACAAAUCGUCAAGUGACAUUCUCAAAGAGACGAAAUGGGCUGCUGAAGAAGGCGUACGAGCUCUCUGUUCUGUGCGAUGCUGAAGUUUCUGUCAUGAUUUUCUCUCAGAAAGGAAGGCUUUAUGAGUUCUCAAGCACCGAUAUACAUAAGUCCAUCCAGCGUUAUCGAUGGUAUGGAAAAGAUGGACAGACCAACGCUCUUCGCUCCGAAGUAUACAUGCAGCAAAUGAAGCAGGAAGCUGACAUGACGGCAAAGAAAAUGGAGCAACUUGAAACUUCACAAAAGAAGCUGUUGGGACGUGGGUUGGGUUCAUGUUCGUUGGAGGAAAUCCGAGAGAUUGAAACCCAGUUGAUACUUAGCUUGACUCGUAUUCGAGAAAGAAAGUCUCAGCUAUUCAAGGAGCAGAGAAUGAAGCUGAUUGAAAAGGGGAAACUGCUUAUAGAGGAAAAUAUAAAGUUAGCUGCAAAGUGUGGUACUCAGCCAUGGGAGGCAGAAGGUGGUGGUGAAAAUGAGGGAGGAGGGAUUAUGAGUUUAUUAUGCACCCAAAAUGCCCAACCUUCUCAUAUCAACACUAAAUUGUUCAUUGGAUUGCCUUGCUCAUGAUCCUGUUCUAAACUUUUUACUACCAUUUUAAGCCUUGCACGUAUAGAAAUUCAUUGAUAUAAGGAAUGAAAUGUAACCUUUAUUUCAUUCCUUUAAGAGUUUACCACCAAAUAAGCGCCCACGUGUAACCUUAAAAUUGGUUGAUUGGCUGUUUUCCAUGUCAAAAUAUUUAGCUUUCCAUUA